AUGAAUAAUAUAAUAUCAUGGACCGGAGAAGAUGAUGCCAUCAUUGCCACAAACACUGAUGCUACAGAAUGUAAGAGGAGCGCAGUCGAACUGGGUUACUGGAAAGAUGAUUACAUCGUGUAUUUUGCCAAGCACGUUGAUAGAAAGGCUCCCGAAAUUAAUCGCGGUUAUUACGCUAGAGUAAAGGCAAUGGAAAUGUUUAUCCACCAAUUCUUAGAGCGCUGUGGUACUAAGUGCCAAAUCAUUAACUUAGGAUGUGGUUAUGAUACAUUGUACUGGAGGUUAAAAGACACAACACAAGCAGUUGGAAAUUUUAUUGAGUUAGAUUUUCCUUCAGUUACUGCAAAGAAAUGUCACAUCAUCAAAAGGAAUAAACAAUUACUGGAGAAAAUUUGCAAUGAAGAUGGGGAGGUGGUGAUCAGGUCGGGGGACCUGCACUCGGACGGGUACCACCUGCUGGGCUGCGACCUGUGCUGCCUGGGAGAGGUGCGGCGCAAGCUGGAGGCGGGCGGGGCGGCUCGCGACGCGCCCACGCUGCUGCUGGCCGAGUGCGUGCUGGUGUACAUGCAGCCCGACGCGGCGCAAGCGCUGCUGGAGCACCUGGCCGCGACGUUCCCGCGCUGCGUGCUGUUGCUGUACGAGCAGUGCAACCUGGCCGACAAGUUCGGCGAGGUGAUGCUGCGCAACCUGAGCGUGCGGGGGUGCGCACUGGCGGGCGAGCGGUACUGUCGCGACCCGCAAGCGCAGGUGCAGCGACUGCUGGGCGCUGGGUUUGAAACGGUGCGCAGCUGGGACAUGGACACGGUGUGGCGCGCGCUGCCUGAAGACGACCGCGCGCGCGUUGAAGCGCUGGAAAUGCUGGACGAGCGCGAGCUGCUGCAGCAACUCAACUCGCACUACGCGAUUACUGUGGCCACGCGCGGCGACCUCUUCGCAGACCUCGAUCUCAACGCCUAA